CAAAAAUUACAGACUGUCAUAAUUUUGUUGAACACCUAUAAAAACAAGUUAUUUGAAAUAACCGCAUUUAACGAACUAGUUUCCGAGGCAACGAAAAACUAUGCCCAUUUGCAUAAAUAAAUAAACCAACAAACAUAAACGCUGCCAAACUUGACGAAUGCGUUGGAAUUUGUCUACCGAAUAAUACAUAUAGCGUACAUAUGUAUACAAAUUCUUAUUAGAACCCCACACUCCACAAAAACCCCAGAGAGCGCCAAAAGCCCCCAAGUUUGGGCUCCGCUCUUCGGUUGGCUCUCUUCCAUCGAUCAGUUGUUCGCUUACCGCUCAGCUGCUCGGUUGAAACUUGGGAAAUAAACCGCAAAAUUGACAACAAACCGCGAAUGACUUAAAGGCAGAAAAAGCAAACAAAGCUAAUCACAAUUUGUUGUAAAUUUUUGCCAUUAAUUUAAAAAAAGUUUCAGAAAACUUAUUGAGUGCCAACCCGCCGUACGGAAUAAUUCAAAUAAUAAAUUAAAAACGACUUUGUCGCCACUGAUAAGAUUUCUCCCCUUAUCAAAAUUCAUAUAAACUGAGUGUUUAGUUUGGUGUAUGUGCGCUUUGGAUGAGAUAUACUACAAAUGUGCUUCAUUAUAAAUAAAUUUUCGUCUUAAUCGCCACAUGUGUGACCUAGUUAAAAAAACAACUCACACUCACGCAUAAAAUAACAAUGAAAUGUACAUAUAAACGUGGACCUCACCAUGCAUAAUAAUUAAUAACGAAAACGAGGAUGAGGAAAAAUUAACCAAAAAUACAAUUUCAAUUAAUUUGUAAACACCGCGAGAGGGAAAUGUUUAAUCUGUGUGCAUUUAAUUGAAAAUUUUCGAGGAAGUAAUAUAAAAACGCUUUUACAACAAAUCAACACAGCAUCAUUUUCUGGCUUGUUUAUACGCAACGAGGUGUAGAAAGGAAAGCAGCAGAUAAGAUACUACUGCAAGACAACAUCGGGCCUGUGCGCCCAUCUAGAGAAGGAGAGGGAGAAGUAGCUAUAAUCACAGAGCAGAGCGGGAUUACCCGCGAGAUACAAUGACAGAGAAUCAGCUGUAUCCCAUGUCAUCGGAAUUCUUUGACACCGGCUCGAACAGCAGCAACAACACACUCAAAUACGAUCUGUAUUCGCUGGGCUCCACCGUUGUGGGUGCGGCCCUGCCCACGCUGACCAUUAACACGGGCUAUGGUCACAGCAGCAGCAGCAGCAGCAACAAUAAUAACAAUAACAACAGCAGUAGUCACAGCAGCAGCAGUAGCAGCAACUGCUCCACCAGCACCACAAAUACCUGUAAUGUAAUGCUAAGUACAACGGCCAUAACAAUACCACGCAGCAGCAACCACAACCAGAAUCAUCAUCAUCCGUACCAGCAGUCGGAUUUGCAAACACCGCGACAUCAUCCCAGUCCCAUACACACAUUGCCCAGCAUGACCCACCAGCAACACCACCUUCAGCAGCAGCAGCAGCAACAGCAGCAGCAACACCACAACCAACAGCAGCAGCAGCAACAACAGGACCAGCUGCAACAAUCGCAUUUGGCAUUGGGGGAGCUCUCGGACUUUGGUCUGGAUGCACUGGAUGCCGCUUCCCUUUCACCCACUCUGCUGCAGGAUGUCAGCCUGAGUGCAGCCUCUCCGCUGAACUCCACCCUCUACAACGGCAACACCAGUGGAGGAGGAGCAGGUAGCAGCAAUGGUGGCUACUUUCCACCAGAUAUGUCGCACAGCCUCAGCCUAAAUGUAGUCAGCGAGCAGGUGUUGCUCCAGGAGGCUGUUGCCCAGAAUGAGUUGCUCUACGAGAUGACACCCAACUCGAAUGCCAUGUGGAGUGAUAUCAGCAGUGCCAUUAUCCAUACCAAACACGAGCCAUUCAGCCUGGACGAUGACUACAUCUUUCCCAACGACAAGGCCGAGAUCCAGGCGGCCGAUCUUUCCGAUCUAAAUGGUGGCGACUUCCUGGAUGUCAUUGGAAACAUUGAGGAUUUCUUGCCGCAGACCACAGUCUCUCAAAGUGUCAACUUCCUGCUGUCGCCGCAGACCCAAGGACAGGAUGCCCUGGUGGCGCCGCCCAUGGAACUUUUGCAGCAGCAGCAGCAGCAACAAAAUCAGCAGCAACUGCAGGUUGGCAGUCUGCCACAACUGCAAACGCUGCUCACGCUAACCCAACAACAGCAACACUCGAACAGUUCCUCCACUAGUCCGUAUGAGAUCUACCACAGCACUCCCCAGAAGCCGCAGCAACAGCAGCUGUCCGCCAGCUUCUCGCCGGGCAGCCAGGCUUCUCAGUCGCCACUGACCCCACCGCCACCACCGCACGCCAAUCGACCUCAGUACCAGAUGGUAAAGUCGCGCAACAUGCAGGAACUGAUCAAGAAGGGCUUUCCCAUGUCCUCGCCGCCGGAGCGCUCGAUCCUCAGCCAGUCUGCUGCGUUGAGUCCGGGCGGUAGCAGUGGAUUUGGCAGCUCGGUGUCCGGAAACAGUACAACCACCAGUAACCAGACACCCGGAUCAGCCGUGCGCAAGUCCUUUGGCUACCAGAGUGCCGUGGAGAACUCCCAGCUGAGUCGCCUCAGCUCGUCGGCCCCCACGCACCUGGGACUGGAGCACAUCUGGAUGCGGCGAGAGCCACGACAGCAUUUACUCUCAACCGGCUCGCUGGCCGAGGCCGAGAGCUUCUCCUCGCUGAGCACGGGCAGUGUUUUGUCCCCGGAUGGCAUUGACUUUUCGCAGGACGACGAGGAUGACAAUUCGAGCGAGAACAGUGACAACUACGACGAUUUCAGCAGCGAUAAUGGUCUAUCUGGGGAUGAGGAUGAGACGCGCACCUCGACACCGAAUCAUUUGUCCAGCAAGGGCAAAGAGCGGUUCUUCUGGCAGUACAAUGUCCAGGCCAAGGGGCCCAAGGGCAAGAGGCUGGUCUUCCAAUCGAAGCUCGAGGAUCCGCAUGUGCUGAACGAGGUGACGGACCCCGUCUUCAGUCCCACUUGCUCCGUGCGUGGCAUCAAGGUGUACAAGCACAGUGGAAAGGCCCGCAAGGGCGAUGGCAACGACCUGACUCCCAAUGCCAGAAAGCUGCAUAAUAUUGGCAAGGAAUUGGACAAGCUGAGCCGCACCAUCAACGACAUGACGCCAGUUUCCGAGCUGCCCUUCAAUGUGCGCCCAAAGUCGCGCAAGGAGAAGAACAAGCUGGCCUCACGUGCCUGUCGCCUGAAGAAGAAGGCCCAGCAUGAGGCCAACAAAAUAAAGCUUUUCGGCCUUGAAAUUGAACACAAGCGCCUCAUCAAUGGCAUAGCCGAAUUAAAGCAGGCCUUGGUCGUGAAGCAUCGCACCAAGAAUGUGGGCGAAUCAACCGAGGAGGUUGAUCAACAAAUUGCACGCAUUUACGCCACCGCCUCUUCUGGAAUCCGCAUCGCAGGCGGUUCAACGGAUUUCGUGAACAAGGUUCUGGAAAAUAUGCGCGGCGGCAUGCCGAACGGAGGCCUCGAGGAGCUGCGUAAAUCGUCGUAGACCAAAUACAGAAUAUCUAAAGCUAACGAACCGCCCAUCAAGAUUAGUUUUAACAAGUUUAGAGCCACAUAGGAGACCCAAGAACAGCACCAACCAGCCACCAACAACUGAAACCCAUUCUACGACAGGAUUACAAUUGGAUUUAAAUUGGAAUCGCUCUGAAUAGGGAAAACAUUUUCUUGACAUCGGAAUUACUCGAGAAAAUCCUUGCUGAACCUCCAUCCCUCCUUAAGACACAACGAUCUGUUACAUUGUUCUGCAUGAGUGAUAUAAUAUUGAUAACCGAGAUAUAACUGUGAUUUAAAGAGCCUGGGCUUUGUAUGUUUUCUAUGGCAGAAAAUAGAAGAGAAUAUUUUUUACUUUUUCGCGACCACACCGAAACCGGAAAGCCAGAGCCAAACAAACGUAAGAAAAGAAAAACGAAAUUCCUUUUGAAAAUGCAACAUUAACAAAUCGAAAGAAACAAAACAAAAAACGUAAAGAAAGAGGCAACCACAAAACAAAACUGAAAAGAAAAUGUGUAAAAAUACAAAAUUUUGUUUAGCUGUUAAGAUUGUUAAGAAACGACGGAGUGUUAGAGAUGAGCAAGUGAAUUUUGUAGGACUUUGCUACCAGUUUUACCUGCUUAACGAAUAAGGGUUUGAAUUCAUUUGAUUCGAUUGGAAAAGAAAUUAUCUGGAAUGCUAAAAAUCAUUUUAAAAUAAGUUAUAUACAACUGCGAUUUAUCUGUUUAAGUUUUAAAUGCUAUAUUAACGCUGUAUAAUUUGGUUCAAUGUUUUAGCCAUAAGUUUUUACAUUUAACUCAAUGUGGAGAGAGAGCUUUUAUUUAGAACAUAUAUACCUACAUAUUACAUUUAUCGGUAAUCCUAGUUGUUUUGGCCCUCAUCCAAUAUAUAUUUUAUGGUCCUAGGUUGUCGUUUUUAAGUUUUUCAUUUUGUUAAAGAAAGUUUGAUUGUUUCCAAAAAAGAAUGUUUUGCGAAACUUGAUUAAUUUACUUAAAUGCUAUAACUAUCUAUACAUACAUGCGUGGUGAUAUAAUUUUAAUUUUUCUUUUAUGCUUUUAUUUCUUGAUGUUAAAUGUAGGAUUCAAUAUGUCUAAACUCUAUUACUGACAAAAAAUUAAUUUUAAGUUUUUCUAUUAUCCAUACGAUUUGCUUAUGAAAUACCUUCAAUAUAAAUUAUAAUUUAUUAAUUUUAGGCACACAUGAAAACAUUUUCAAGGCUUCAGAUUUACUUUUCACUUGCGGGCUACUCCAAAAAAAAAAAUAUAAGAAAAACACCAAACAAAAAGUAAUUCAACUUUGAGUUUUAUUCUAAUUUGCAUUAUCGAAAUGAAUAUUUUUGCUCUGCUUCGAUGCUAAUUUUGUGAUAUUUGUAUUCAAAUUUUCUUUGUUGUGUAGUUCUUUGGGGCGGGCUCCUUCUCUUUUGGGUUAUUUUUUCCAAUUACUAUUACUAUUUGUAGCCUUCCUUACUGCUAUUUGUUGCUUAACGUGUUGUGUUCAAUUGAUAUCAAAAGAAUUAACUUUCGAAAGAAAAACUACAUUCUAACUGAGGGAAACAGAAACAGAUCGAGAAUGAGAACGAAAAUACAAAUUAUAAAAGUGAUUCAAGUUAAAAACUUAGAACUUAGGUACUCGUAUCACCCACAGCGAUGAACACGUGGACAUAACAAAUUGUAGUUGUUAAUCUAGGCUUAAACAAAUAUAAUAAAAACCGAUUGAGCGCACAUAAAUUAUAAUUCAACACACAAAAUUGGCCAUCAGUUUUAGGGUUUUCAAAUUCAUGUCUUGGGAGCUUAACCUCAUUACAUAAGUGAUAAGAAUUCAAAAUUACAAUUUAGACUUUUAGAAAAACAUCGGGCAAGCGGAAACCCCAUAUAUACACUCACACAAAGUACAAGCGCAAGCAAAAAUACAGAAUAUGCAUGGUCUAUGCAUAUAUCAUAAUUAAGUCAGGUUGCUAAGGUUUUAGGUUGGCUUUGUGUAGAAAGUACAGAGUAAAGCAAACAGAAUUCAAAGCGAAGCAGCAUUGAAAUAAGCACGACAGUUCCUCAGUGUUUAAUAUUGUAUAAUUAACAUAUUAAAUAUAUAUUUAAAACAAAAAAUGUAUGCCUAAAUGUUACGGAUAUUGUAAAUGUGUGUGCUUUAUAUAAAUGUGCUUCAGAGAAAACAACUUUUAUAUACAUAACGAAACUAAGCAAACUACCUCAAAACACGUUGGAAAAGAAGUUCAAGUUUCAUAUUCGAUAGAGAAGCAGAAAAAUUACAAUUUGAAAAGUAAAUAUAAUUUAUAAAAAUAUAUAAAAACCAAGAGCCUGAUUCAUGUGUCCAUUUAAAGCAUAUAAAUAUCUAUAUUAAUAACAGUGCAUAAUUAUGUAUUUUCAAAAUCUUUAAAAUUAGGUAUGAUACGACAAAAAAAAUAAAAAUUAGAUAGUUCACCAAGUCCAAUAGUUGAAGGGCUUGAUGAAGCUGCGGAGAUCAAACAACGAAAUUCUGAAGUCCUCUGCAUUACCAGAACCAAACAUUACAAAAAAAUUCAAAACUAUUUGAAAUGUCCAAAAUGGAUCAAUUGAAAUAAAACCAGAAUAUGAAUAAACAAUGAAAAAACAAAACAACUGUGUUGAAAAUUAAAAAUUUUGUAUGCAUUAAGCAAAAAUUGAAGAAACGUGAAAACAUAACUAUUAUGUCUAAAUAAACACACGUCAGAUGUAUGCACGUCAAAGGAAAACAAUUGUCUAUAUAUUACAAUUACAAAAUACAUACCAAAUUGAAUACAUAUUGAUGAAAUAUAAUAAAUAAUGGCGAAAGCAGAAAAAGAAA